GCCAACGCAGCAGCCAUCAGGCCAUAGCCACUCGACAUUCCUUGGCUUCGUGGUCACUAGCUUCACUGGCAUGCUGACCUGCGCCCACCUUCUUGUGGCCACUGCCGCCCUUGUUUCGUCGGCUAUGGCUUGCACGAUUGUGGCUGUUGGCAAGGAGGCGUCGACGACCGGUGCGCCCAUGGCUGUCCAUAGCGCUGACUGCGGGAACUGCGACUUUCGGCUUGGCAAGGUUCCCCAAAAGACAUUUGCACCCGGUGCGAUGCGAGAUGUCGUUCGCUUUCGCCUGCAAUACCCGCGCUAUGUCGGCGAAGCGCGUGGCGACGUCUUCCGCGAAGCCAAUGUGGAUAAAUCGAUCUUCAACUGGUCCAACACCCCCGCGAUCGGCCAAAUUCCUCAAGUCAACACAACAUUUGGGUACCUGUCGGGGCUGUACGGCAUCAUGAACGAGCACCAAGUGUCGAUCGGGGAGUCGACGUGCGGCGGUCGACUGGUGUCGGUGCCAGUCUCGGACGGAGGCAAGGCUCUUUUUGACGUGUCGGAGUUGACGAACAUCGCCAUGGAGCGUGCAACGAGUGCCCGCGAAGCGAUUCAAAUCAUGGGUGACUUGGCGGUGCAGUAUGGGUACUACGGCGCGGAAUGGCAAGGGCCGGCGGCGAUGAUGGAAGCUGGCGAGGCGCUGGCGGUCGCUGACACGAAAGAAAUCUGGCUGUUUCACAUCCACCCAGACGAUUCUGGUGCUUCUGCGGUGUGGGUUGCGCAGCGCGUGCCCGACAGCCACUUGGCAGCAAUUGGCAACCAGUUUAUCAUUCGUGGCGUGAACUUGACCGACUCGGACCAGUUCAUGGGGUCAUCCAACAUGGUAGACGUCGCGAUCCGCGCCAAGUUGUACGAUCCGUCGACCGACGGCGCGUUUGAUUUCACAAAAGCGUAUGCACAUCCGAUCCAGCCCGAUCAGUACUACGCCACUCGCCGCCAAUGGCGCAUCCUGUCGCUUGCAAACCCGGCGCUCAACCUGCCUGCCGUCACGGACGUCUACGGGUCGGAUUACCCAGUGACAGCUCCUGUUGCUACCCCAGUCGGUCCGUCGACAUUGCUGUCGUACCUGCGAGAUCAUUUUGAAGGCACCGAGUACGACAUGACGAAAGGCCCGGCCGCAGGACCGUACGGCGACCCCGAUCGCUAUGACAUCAACAUGAACGGCAACAUGACAAAAUCGAUGGCGCUGACGGGGCAUUUCGAGCGUGCGAUCUCGAUCUUUCGAUCGAGUUACUCGUUCGUGACGGUCCCGAACGCGACGAACGCCGCGUUGGGCCAUAUUUUGUUUGGCCAGUACGGCCCCCAUGCCACUUCCUACGUUCCGAUUUACACCAACGUGGACCACGUGCCCAUGCUGUACUCUCGCGGGUCCCUGCACCGGUACGAUCUCAACACGUCGUUCUGGGCGUUUGCGGUCGUUGGCAACUGGGCGUCGCGAUAUUACGUGCACACACGAUCGAUGGUGGAAGCUGUUCAAGUCGACCUCGAGUCAGCAUUUCUCGACGCAAAGUCGGCCCGCGUUGCAGCCCACGUCGAGUGGCUCGGCAACGACGAGAUUCAGAUUCGCCAGUUCCUGACCGACUCGUGCGACUCGUUUGCAGCGACGACCCACGCCGCGUUUGUGGAUCUAUUUGGGCGCCUCGUCACAACCUUUCACGACGGCUACCACAUGCACAACUUGACCAACGCCAGCGCGAUCGCGAUGUCGUCGCUGUUUUACCCGCAGUGGUGGCUCCAGUCGGUGGGGUACUUUACCAAGGCCGCACAGCCGCAGCAGACCAUGCCAACGAUGGUUCCAACCGAUCGCGACGACACCGUCUGGGGCUGGGUUGGUCUCGUUCUCGUUGGACUGUUUGCUGGCGUCGGCGUUGGAUUUGGCAUGGGCUCGCGGCGCCGCGAGGGCUACCGACAAAUCAACUAGUCGACGACAUGUACCAACACGAUAGAAAGAGACUGUGGUGUCAUGCCAAUUGGAACGGCACUUGUGGAUUGUAGUCAAAUCGCGUUGUACUGCAGGCCUGCUUCGCUCUCGUCGACGGCAUUCGGAGAGUGUGUGGUGGAAGCGGUACGCUAGACUGCCACCUUCCGGUGCUGCCCAGCUCUC